AUGAUUCGUUCAAUUCAAUUAUCAACAAAACGUCAACUUCAAUUGCAAUUACGUACACUCGCAACAUAUGCUUCCAACCCACAAAUCUACAUCCACAAGGUAAACCCAUUGAACUACAAGUUUUCUCUCUCAAAAUCUCCCGAUGCAAUUGAGAUAGGAUCAUCACCUACUGCAGACCCCGAACCCUCAACAUUCACAGACAAUCCCAAGUUUAAAGAGCUCUUGAACUCGACAAUAUAUUCAAAAAUUCAAGAUGACUUUACCUUUGUCAUGGAAGCAGGUGUAAAUGCGAAUUCAUUCAUGCCAAUUUAUGAUUUAAGAGAAACACCAAAUUAUGCAAGAGUACCUGCAACCGAAAACAUAUUUGGUUAUGUACGGGUGGACUCCAAGGGGAAGAUCGUUCCUGAAUCCUUUCAAGCGAAUGGUAUGUAUAGACUUAUCAAUGGAAGAUGUGGAUUAUGUAAAUUUUCAGAUUUCUUGCACGAACAAUUGCAAACACAAUCAGAAAUGCAGGUUGUGAAACAAAAUGUUAAUGCCAGUACAUAA